GUCCCGCGUCCCCUGCCUGCAACAAGCGGAUCGAUUCCACCAGCACUCAUCGUUCCCCGCCUCCCUCUCCCUCCUCUCCCAUCCUCGCCGUCGCCAGGGUUGCUCUCCCCCCUCGAGCAGCGUCGACGGUGCGGGAUGCAGCGGACUCGGCCUGCAUCGGCGUUGCCGGUGUCCCUCUCCGCUGUCGACCAGCGGCGGCAGUGCGGGACGCAGCGGCUCGGCCGCAGCGAUGGAUUUCUCCGACGUGGCCGGCGGGCGCUCGCCUCGCUGCCCACGUCGUCCUCCUACUCCUCCUCAGUGGCACUCGUCAGUGCGGUGGAGCCAGCGGGCGCCGAGGGCAUGCGGACGGAGGUGGCGCAGAUCCAGGGCGGUAACAACGACGGGCGCCGCACAUCCCCUUCACAUGCCGCUGCCCAAUCCUCCUCUGCCUCCAUGGCCUGCAGCAAGGGAUCCCAAUCAUAUCCGUGGGUCAUCGCAUGGUCCACCGUCGCUGUUCCCUUAGCACGCCGCACACUUCCUCUUGGUCGCCGCAAUCGUUGGGUCAUCGGUUCAUCUGUUCGUGCCUGGAUUGUCGCCGUUCAUCUUUACUCAUGUUUCUCUUUGAUGAUGUCCAGGUGCCGCAGUACCGGCAGCGAAGCUGAAGGCCCCGGUGCGGGAGGAAGCAGGCGGGUGCUCGGCGACAUCGGCAACAUCGUCCCUGCCCACAUCCUCGAGGGCAAUAUCCAGCUACCGGCGGGGAUCACUCCAACCACCAGGAGCUUCAGCGCUGAGCUCUGAAGAAGGCCUAGGCCGAUCCAUCCAAGGUGCGGACGCUCUGCGGAGCGAGGGGAACCAACAGGGGUGGUGUCCUGUGUGCAUCUCCUACAGCGUCCUGAAUCCCUGCAGUACACCAGCUUUGCGCUCUACCUAUAAGCUACAUGUGCUUUCAAAUUCGAUCUCCUGUGCGGCUUAAGACUUGGAAAUAAAUUUUGAUUAGAUAAAUCUUCAGUAGUUUUAGUUAUGCUCUCUAUACAAUUAGUAAUUGUUUAGGUGAUAAUUCCAAACAAUGUUAGUGCUAGUGACUUAUACAUUAUUUUCAACUAGCAGUUUCAGUUCUCCCUUCGCCAAUUGAUACAAAUAAUCUAUGAAUUAUCAACUAUUAGGCUAACUAUGCACAUAUUAGAUUCUUUGUUUCAGCUGUCUCCUGCUGCACUGAUAUAUAUUUACGUUUCAGAUUAUGUAGUCUUCUGCAGGUUAUCAGAUAAACUCUUCCAGAGAUUGAGAUCUAAUCACAACUGCUUUGAGUCCUUUACCUUUUAUUUUGCAAAAUGCAAUCAUAAGUAGUUGUCAUCUCUAAUGUUAAUGAAUAGAUUCUCAGAAAAGGAAAUUAAUUGGAAUGAUCUACUCAGCAUGUCCCAUGACUUCAAAAGGAAGAAUUUGACUAAAUGAGAUGUUGAUCUGCAGUGUAAAGAUAGACAAAAUCAAAGACUGGCCUAUUGAAAUUUGACUAAUUGGAAUGAUUUUUUUUCUAAUUUAUGUGCAUAUUAUGCAUACAAUGAUGAGCUGUUCUGUUAGGAUAAUUUGAAUUAGGGAGCAUGUAUAAAAAUGGUACUGAAGGAGGCUAUGCAACUAGCAAGGUACUCUGUUUAUAAUCUGACUGAUAUUUCUUAAAAGAUGUCUGGCUGUUGUGUUCUCUCAGACAAUAUAAAGCAUGGUUCUAUAUGCUCUGCUAAAUUUGCAACUUUCAAUGCUUUGUGGGGCCUUUUCCAUCAACUCUAAGGAUUUUACCUAAAGGUUCUUCUCUGAUUUUUUUGUGUGUGUGACUCUAGCUAUUUUACUUACUGGACGUCUAUAUCAUGCAUGUUUAGGGCCUUGUCUCUAUAUUUUUCAUGUGAAUCGCAGAGUAAUAUGUGAAUAACAUUUCCACUGGUGUAAGCUUGCACGUUUGCUACAGCAGGGCAGAGUUAGUGUACCAUCAUUAGUUUCUUUUUUGAUAUACUAACAAGUUACCCUGUGCGAAUUCUCAACUGUUUGGAGCCCUGUUUGCGCGCAAGAUUACGAGGAGCGCCCUGUGCAAUUCCUCGACUGUUUGACACAGCGAGCGUCAAAAGGGAGGGCUCCCAGGGGAGAGACACGGCGGCCAGGGGCAUGUCCUUUGUUUAUCCGCCGCUUCCCUUCAUCACCAGUGAAUAGCAAUCACGGCACCGCAUCAUUCACUUGCCUACCAUAGAUUGACCGCUGAUGCGGGCGCUCCGCUCCACUAUUCCAUCUCAUGCUGUAUAUUUCCUCUCUUUAUAUCCAGAUAAAGUAUAGCAUGUAAAUAUUUCUAAAUUCAGAAAUAACGGUUUCCCUUCUAUCUUCACUUAUACUGUUUUGGUUAGUAAAAAUGUAACUAAAUUCAGCGGAUGGUGUUAUUUGAAGCCAGAUUAUAGGAUUA